AACGCGUAUGUGUCUCCUUACAAAGGUAAACGUGAGACACAUGCACCUCCGUCAAUCUAGGGUUUUGGGCUUCUUCUCGUAGCGAUCGAUAGCAUUCUCUCUUGGCGCCGCGCCAAAUCUUCGGAGGGAUUCGCGGAAUAGAGAAAUCUAGCUUCCAAUCGAUCCAAAUAUUUCCAUCCAUGCCGCGAUUUCUACCUCCAUCGGAUCUGCGAGAGGUUUCUCGAGGCAUCGAUCAAGAAUAAUCUCCAGGAUGGGCGCCAUUGACGUGCUCAGCCGGCCGCUUCUACUCGACGAUCGCCUCCACGACCAUGACAGCGUCAAUCCAAGCCUUGGCUGUCCUAGCAGCUCUAGAUUUGAGGAGGAAGGCAAUUCCACCGACAUGUGUGUGGUCGACGUCCAAGACUCUGGGAGGAGCGCUGUCUCUUCGGCCAAUUCCAAGGUAAAGUGGUGGAGCGCCUGGGAAUUCAAGGACUUGCCUCCACUACCGGCCAGCUCGCCCGUGGAUCCUUUCCGGAACAGUAGCUACAAGUUUGGUGGAGCCUGGGAGGUCUUCAAGGCGGUGCUGUGCUCGCCGCUGCUGGUGGUGAGAGUCAUUCUCAUUGGAGUUUUCUUGUUCCUGGGAUUCCUGUGCACGAAGCUGGCGCUAUGGCGCUGGGAGAGUGACCACAAGGCCAUGCCGCGAUGGAGACGAGAUAUAAUGUGGGGCACUCGAGUUUGCGCUCGAGGUAUACUCUUCUGCUUUGGGUUCCAUUGGAUUCAGCGCAUUGGAAGGCCUGCUCCCAGAGAAGUCGCUCCCAUCCUGGUGUCAAACCAUGUAUCGUUCAUCGAUCCUAUGUUCUACUUCUUUGAACUCUUCCCGACCAUCGUGAGCUCGAGUUCACACAAUGAUCGUCUUUUCGUCGGCACCAUAAUAAGAUCAAUGCAGGUAUUAGGUGCCACUUUCGAUCUGAUAAAUGAAAUCACAGUUUGGUGUGUUCAGGUGAUUCCCGUGGAUAGGUUAUCUCCAGCUUCAAGGAAAAGCGCCAUCGCGGAAAUCAAGAGGAGAGCGAUGUGUAGCGAUUUUCCUCGUCUUCUUUUAUUUCCCGAGGCUACUACAACGAAUGGAAAGGCUCUGAUAUCGUUUAAGCCCGGUGCAUUCGUUCCUGGAUUUCCAAUACAACCUGUUGUGGUUAGGUACCCGCACGUUCAUUUUGAUCUAUCCUGGGGCAACAUCUCUCUGAAAAGCUUGAUCCCUCGGAUGCUGCUUCAAUUUCACAAUUUUAUGCAGGUUCAUUAUCUUCCUGUUAUAUAUCCCUCGUCGCAUGAAAAGUCCCAUCCAGCGGAUUAUGCACAAAGGGUGAGAUAUGCAAUGGCAAGGAGCCUCAACGUUCCGGAAACGGAACACAGCUACGGUGAUUUACUCCUUUCUGCAAGAUCGUUGUCGCUGAAAAUGCCUUUUUCAACCUCGUUCACACUUGAAAUGAGAAAAAUGGACACGCAACUCCAGCUUACAGACGCCGACGCACUCUACUAUUUGGAGAAAUUCUCAAUCAUGAAUUCAUCUCGCAGUGGGCAACUGACGAGGUUUGAGUUCUUGCAAAGCCUGGGACUUACACAUUCUCCAUUCGGAGAGCAGGCUUUUGCGAUGUUUGACAGGAAAAAGCAUGAAUUCGUCACCUUCCAAGAGUUUGUGGCCGCAUCAGUAUCUUUGUCCAGAAAUGCAAGCUUUUUGAAGCUGCUGGAUUUGACGUUUUGCCAUGCGGUCCACAAGAACAGCAACGAAAUGCUUCUCAUGGACAAGGUUGCCACACUUUUGGAGAGGAAUUGUGCUGGAUCUACAAGCAAGGUGCUUGUGGAUCAAUUUUGUAAACAAACCGACCGGAUGGACCAUGCAACGUUUUGCUUAUAUCUUAAAAGAAAUCCAGAGCUAAUAUUUCCCUUGUCUCUGGUAAUUCUUUCUUUGAAUGAGGAAUAAACUUAAGGAUCAAAAUUAAAAUUA